AUGUCCUCCAACCUACCCUUCAAACGCAAGAAACCCACCCCCCAAACCUCCGCCGACCGCAAACGCGCCAAAACUCUCGAUGCGCGCACUCUAGCCGCCCAGUCCGCCGACGCCGCCCUCUCCGCGUCCGGCGAGCUCGAUGCCGCCGCGUACCUGUCCGCGCGCGAAUUCGAGAUCCAAGCUCUAGAACGGGGCAUCCAGCAGUCGAAAGCUGCGGGAACAAGUCGCGCAUUUCAGCAAGUUCCACGGUCGCUGAGGAGACGCACGGCUAGCCAUAAUGUGAAGAGGGUGCCGCAGCGGUUGAGGGCGAGGGCUAAGCGGGAGAUGAUAGAAGACAACACCCCGACGGUAACGGCCCGCCGGCGAAAACCAACCUCCCACCUCCGUCUCCGUCUCGAAACCGCCCGCCGUCUCCAAAACCUCAACCGCAAAACCAAAUCCAAAAGAGCGCACUCCAAAGCAAACCAAUCCCGCGAAACCCGCGAGCAACUCGAAGCCUCCGGAAGCCAUGCGUACAACACCGCGCCCCGCGUCCCCAAAAUCAAAAAAUACAAGCUCUCUCGCCCCCCACCGCCAGAGUCGAAAUAUAAGAAACGUCAACGGUGCAAAACAUGGCUGCCCACGCAUGUAUACCACGCCAAGCGCGCGCAUAUGACAGAGUCGUGGCGCUUUGCUGUGCCGCUGUCGCCGACGGAGAAGAGUUAUCGGCCGACGCACCGCGCGCGUGGGCAGAGGGGCGCUGUGGCGUGGGAUAUGAGUUAUGUGUCUACCAUUCAGAUCGAGGGGAGUGAGGCUGGGCUUGAGGCGGUGUUGAGGGGUGUUGGGAUUGAAGGGGAGGAGGUUUGGGAUGUGAGGGGGAGGAAAUGGAGAGCUGGGACGAGGGUGUUGCAGACUUGGGUGUUUGGGAGGGAGAAGAAGGGUCCUAUUGCGCCGGUGACGUUGAUACGGGCUGCGGAGGAGAAGGGAUUGGGGUUGGAUGCGAAGGAGGUGGAAAUGGUGGAUGCGGAUGCGCCCAGCAAGAGCAGCAAGAAGAAGGAUCGGAAGAAGAUCUUUAUUCGGGUUCACCCAUCUGCAUUUUUGCAAUUGUGGAAUGAGCUCUUGGAGGUCUCCAAGAUGCAGAGCCCGCCGGUGAUGGUGGAAGAUCUGCGGUUCGAGAUUGGUAGCAUCGAGGUGACCGGGCCAGGUGCUACAGAGGCCCUGAUCGCGACCCUACAGCCUACGGACGGAACACCGGCUCCUGGCAGUCCAGAAUCUACGUGGACGUCAUUACUGGGGGUUACAAAUCCAUCCUCACUACCGCAGAACGCCCUCCUUGCCUUCUCCAUCUCCGAUCCCCGCCUUCAUUUCCCUUCCCAGACCCUGCGACCUGCAUCGGACGAGACGCAUAUGCAAGACCAAGCCAUACUUCUUGCAUCAUGGCCACCAGACCAGACCCAAAGUACCGCCAAGCUCUUCGACCGACCCUCCCGGUUGGCCGCCACACGGCAACUCCCCAGCCAAAAAGCGAUCAACCGACGACGCACCUUAGCCGGACCCGGAAAUCGACCCUCACGCCAGGAUUCUGAUCCGCACAUUCCACUUAUGGCCUUUGCGUCUCGACCGGCGACGGCAUCCGGAAAGAAGACCACCGAUCACGCCGGCAAUCUACCCGGAUCCUGGACCGUGCUGCUACCCUGGAAAUGCGUGCUUCCCGUAUGGUACACGCUCAUGUACUAUCCGCUGUCUAGCGGCGGCAAUCCACGCUUCGGCGGACUACAGGAACAGCAACAGUUGGCCUUUGAGGCGGGGACGCCCUGGUUCCCGGGUGACUUCCCUGGUACGCGUGCAGGGUGGGAAUGGGAACUGCAGGAGCGCGAGCAGCGACAUAAACAAUGGGGGAGUCGACCCAAGGGACGACGGGUGGAAUUCGAUCGUCUGGACUUGGGUAAUGGAGGAAGUAGGGGGGAGAUCGGUCGAGGAUGGGCGUGUGACUGGGAGCGAUUAUUAUUAGGCUCGCGGGAGGAGCCGCAGUCGCAAUCGCGAUCGCAGCAUCCGGAUUCCGAACACGGCGAACACGCAGGGCACCAAGAAAAGCAGCCCGCAGAAGCUCAAAAAUUAGACGAUCCUGCCAAUGCAGAUGCAGCUGCACAUCUUGCACAUCCACGGGAUCUGAGACCGCCCAUCUACAUCCACCAACUCCGUGCAAGCGAAGCCAAGCAAAAGCUCUCUGCUCAAUACGAGAUGGACCCUAAGAGCGACGGCGGUGCCUUGGCGACCGUGCGGAUCUGGCUGGUGCGUCGAGGCACGCCUUCACCGCGCGCGCGGAUCUAUCGUCUGCCUGAGGGGGAGAUAGGGCGGCGCUGGCUAGACCUGGAGAAAUUACAUAAGGCGCCUGCAAAGGAAAACAAAUCCGGGCUGAGCAUGGGCAUGUCACCAGAAGACGCGCGCCGGUCGCUAGCGACAUCACUAAUUUCUGGCCCAAGCUCAAAAUCCGGAUCCAGAUCAGGUUCAGGUUCAGGGGACGGAGAAGAUGAACUUCCGAUUCCCACGGAAGAGGAUCUGAUUGGUUUCGUCACGACGGGAGGAUAUAACCUUGCUGAAGGGCAGGGGACGGGGAUCGGGUCCAUAGCAAUGGCCCGGGUUAUUGCCAGGAAGACUACUAGUAGUAGCAGUGCUAGGAAGGGGACAGUGAAUAAGUGUAUUGUUCGAGGGGCGGGAGAAAGAGUGGGGAGAUUGGGAUAUUGGGAGAUGAUUUGA